CACUCUUUGGAAUAAUGAAGGGCCUAGCCGUGGAUUUGGUGUUCCUCCUCCUCCUGUUGGAUUUGGUUCUGGUUGAGCCCUUCUUUGGAAUGCGUCCUGACGCGCUGCUCCGGACCAGCGCUCGGUCCAGCGGCUCCAGACGCACCGUGAGGCGGCAGAAGGGCGGCAGGCUGCCCCUCUACAUGAUGCAGCUCUACCGGACCAUGCUGACCGAGGACCGGGUCAGGACUCCGGCUGUGGACUUGAGCCAGACCGAGGCAGAGGAGGACAUCCCCGGACUGCAGGACUCCGACUCUGUGACCAGCCUGGUAGCCAAGAGCUGCCAUCAGGUCGGUAAGAAGUGGUCCAUCAGCUUCGACAUGUCCUCCCUGUCUGCUAAUGACAACGUCCAGCUGGCUGAGCUUCGCAUCCGCCUUCCGGCCUUCACAGAGUCUUCCAGCGUCUCCGUGGACGUCUACCACUCCCACGAGCAUCGCUGCCCCGGCUGCCCCGACAGCAGGCAGCUCCUGGGCCGCCUCAGUGCUCAGCCCAGCUCCAUGGCGUCUCCGUUCUCCUGGAAGGUGUUCAACAUGACGGAGAUGCUCAGCGGCUGGCUGCAGCGGGGACACGGGAGCAGGAGGACGGAGCUGCAGGAGGACGAGGUGGAAGAGGAGGAGGGAAUCCAGCACGCCACAGCUGACCGGGUCAUGAUGGUGGUGUUCUCCAGGCAGAGCAGUCAGAGGAUGCUCAUCCGUGUGGCAGAACGCUCCAAGUACGUCAGCAUGGACAGGGAAAGAGGGACGACCAGCAGCAGCAGGGUGAGGAGAGGCAGGGAGAAGAGGCAUCACCAGACCAGACAGAGGGAGGCCGAGGAGGAGCACAACGGUCCUGUCUGCAGGAAGAUGGACAUGUGGGUGGACUUUGAGAAGCUUGGCUGGACUGAGUGGAUCGUUUUCCCCAAACGGUACAACGCUUAUCGGUGCCAGGGGAGCUGCCCGACGCCGGUGGACGAGACCUUCAGCCCCACGAACCACGCAUACAUGCAGAGUCUGUUGCAGCUUCACCACCCCAGCAAGGCUCCAUGUCUGUCCUGUGUGCCGACCCGCCUUUCACCGCUCUCCAUGCUCUACUAUGAGAAUGGGAAGAUGGUGAUGAGGCACCAUGAGAACAUGCUGGUGGAGGAGUGUGGCUGCCAGUAAGGAGAUGAUCUGCAAGCCUCAUAGAAAGGCUGGAAAAACGUAAGACUUAAAGCCUCUGAGCUGUACAGGCCCUAAGGGGAGGCACAAAGUGGAUGUUUGUCCACAGGCACUUUAAAGACGAGACAGAAACUCAAGUACUGCACAUCCUGGACACCGCUCACUAAAUUAUAGAAAAUAAAGUGAUAAGUUAUUAUUUGUAGGAGAUCAGGUGGAUGUAAUUUGUG